AUGUUAGCCAUUGCAAAUCGCAGAGGGCGUAACAAACUGAUUGUUUUAAAACUAAUUUCAGAAUAUUUCAGAACGUGAGACUCGUUUCAUAUAAUGUCCAUUUUGUCUUUAGUUAAUGCUCAUUACCUAAAAAGCAUAAAAUAAAAAUUAUACAAAAAUAUCUUAUUUCUAACAUUGCCUAGGGAAUAAAUAUUAUAUUGUAAAUAAAUAGAAAUAUUCGUCAUGAAUAACCCAACAUUCUUAGAUAUAGAUGAUACAAUAUUAAUGAAAAACCUAAUAUUACCUGUAAGUAACGAUAAUUUUUGAAUUUUAUAUUGAAAUCAAUAUCCGUAGUAUUCAAAUCUUUUAUUUUCAUAGGGAAAUACACCAAAAAAUGAUAUGUUAAUAGAACAAUCUGAUUUUAAACCUUUCUUUACUAUUCAACCUAUACCAGGUAAUUUCUGUUAUUAAUAUUAAUAAAAUUAACAACAUUCAUCAAAUAUAUAAUUUCUAUAUGUAUAUUCUAGGUAUAUGUAUAAAAACAAAAAAUGAUAAUGGAGAAAAAAUAUUCUUAAAUAUAUGUACAUCUGACAAAAUACCAUCACCUGAUGAUAUAUCAGAUGCAAAACUUUUUGAAAUAUUGUCACAAGAAAAUCCAGAAUUUGUCAUACCUAUGAGUAUUGGAAGUGAAAGAUUUGAAACUGAUAAAGGUGGAUCUCUUUGUUUGACAUAUGAUAUUGUUAUUAAUACAACAUAUUUUAAGAAAUGCCAGACAAACAAAAAUUUUUUACUUUUCACAAUAUCAGUUAUAAUGGAUGGUGUAUCAAACAAAUUUGAUAAAACAUUAAAAAUAGAAGAUCAUGUAAUUCUUAAAAAUAGAAAAGUUUUAGGAAAAUUACAACAACACAGAAUUGAAGAUCGUAAGCCAAGAACUUACACACAAACUGAGAAACAAUUAAUUGAAGAAAUUAAAACUCAAGAUAUUCAUGAGAAAGAAAAUAAAAAUAAAUUAGAAAAUGUUUCUUCAGAUACUGUUGUUAAUUUAAAACAGGAUUAUGUAUUACUGAAAUGUUUAAAAGAAACAUCUAUACAUUUGAUUGGUUUAUUUCAAAUACCUAAUGGAAUUACAAAAGAAGAGAUAGAAGUACUUCUUAAUCAGGAUCGUAUUGUAAUUACUAUUGAUAAAACUGAUCUCACAUAUGAUUUAUCAGUUCCAUACAUCAUAAAUAUAGCACAAACAAAAUGUGUCCUAGACAACAAUUACAGAGUAAGAACAUUAAUUUAUUAUAAUUAAAUUUUUUUAUAAUAUUAUAAAACAUACAAUUUAUUUAUAUUUUUCACAGGUAUUAAGAUUAGAUAUGCCUGUAGAAACAGUUUUAGAAAACAUUAAAACAAGUUAAUUUAAUCAAUUAUUUUAUUAUAACAAAAAACAAUUUAACAUUUAUUUAUAUUGUAAAAAAGUAAAAUAUAAAUUUUAUUAUUAAUUACUUCAAUCUACUUCUCUUACCAACAAAACUAGAAUUUUAAUAUAAUAAACAAUAUAGGUAGGUUAACAAGAUUUGUUGAUAUCUAA